AUGCCUCGCCGUGCCGCCCCUCCACCGCGGACCAUCGCCCCCAAAACUCUCGUCGUCGACAACGGCGGCUAUACCAUCAAAGCCGGCUACGCCUCCGCCAGCCCAUCGCUCCAAGACUGCCAAAUCAUCCCGAACUGCAUCGCGCGGUCGCGCGAGAAGAAAACCUAUGUCGGCUCCCGUCUGCACGAUGCGGAAGACUAUGGGGAGAUGCAAUUCCGGCGGCCGGUGGAGAAGGGGUUCGUCGUAAAUUGGGAGAGCGAGCGGGCGGUUUGGGAGGAGAGUUUUUUCGGGGCGAGAGCGGAUGUCCCGGUCGACCCACAUGAGACGAAUUUAAUAUUGACGGAGGCGUCGAAUUGUCCACAGGCGCUGCAAACCAAUUGCGAUCAGAUCGUUUUCGAAGAAUUCGAGUUCGCAGCGUAUCACCGCACUCUGGCAUCCAUCCUCGCCUCUCACAAUGAUAUCCAGUCCCUCUUCCCCUCCCCCUCUCCCUCUCCCUCCACCCCUUCACCCCCUCCUUCCGGGACCCAACCCCUCCUCCUCAUCGACUCUGGCUACUCCCACACCCUCCUCACCCCCCUCCUCACCCACGCUCCCCUCCAAUCCUCUUGUCGCCGCCUCGACAUCGGCGGCAAGCUCCUCACCAACCUCCUCAAAGAAUCCCUCUCCAUCCGCAACUUUAGCAUGAUCGACGAGCUCCACCUCGUCAACGCCAUCAAAGAAUGCCUGUGCCACCUCGCAGUCUCCCCUGCCGACUUCUCCACCCAGCUCGACCGCAACUGGAAGGCCGCGGACCCGACCGCCAUCGUCGACGUCGUCCUCCCAGAUUACUCCACCCGGUCGGAGAUCGUCUGCAGAGAGCACGACCCCAGCGCCAGUGCGAAGCGCCGGAAUCUGCUGGGCGGCCCUGCCGGCCCGAGGGAGUAUGUGCUGCCGAUCGGGAACGAGAAGUUCGCUGUGCCGGAGCUGCUGUUUCGGCCGACGGAUAUCGGGUUGCAGGAGGCGGGGCUGCCGGACGUCGCGAUGCGGUGUCUGGAGAAUGUGCCACAGGCCAUCGCGGCGGGGUGCCUUGCGAAUGUGGUAGUCAUGGGGGGGAAUGCGAAGAUGGCGGGGUUUGCGGAGCGGUUGAGUGGGGAACUGAGGAUGUUGGUGCCAGAGGGGUGGGGGGUGAGGGUGGGGGUGCCGGAGGAUCCGGUGAAGUUUGCGUGGAUGGGGGGAGCGCGGUGGGCGGGAGAUGGAGAGGGGUUGAAGGAUGUGGUGGUGACGCGGGAGGAGUAUUUGGAGAAUGGAGCGGGGUGGUUGUUGCGGAAGUUUUCUAAUCGAGGGGCCUAG